AUGUCUGAGAUCAAAGCAAUAGGCUCAAAACUGACCCUUUUCGGAGUAAUAAAGGAAAUUUUCAAUUGGUAUCCGGCAGAAUAUCCUUCCCAAGAGACAAAGUUGUUGUUCAAGUUGGACGUGUCCAUUUUGGUGUUUGCCUGUCUUUGCUACCAGACGAAUAUCAGCAACGCCUACGUCAGCGGUCUCAAAGAAGACUUUAGCCUCAAUGGCAAUCAGCUGAAUUACUUCAAUGUAUGCUAUUACACUGCAUACGUCGUGUUCCAGGUCCCCGGCUUGCUUUUACUCUCACGACCGAAGCUUGCUCGCUGGCUACUCCCAACUCUAGAAAUACUCUGGGGCAUUUGUACCUUUGCGCAGAGCAGGGUAACAAAUGUCCAACAACUUUAUGCCAUUCGCUUCCUGGUCGGAAUGCUCGAAGCGCCCGUAUUCGCUGGAACUCAUUUCAUUCUCGGAUCAUGGUACUCCGGUCCGGAACUCUUCAAACGUGCCGGCAUGUGGUUCAUCUGCAACCCCCUCGGCAGCAUGGUAAGCGGCUACCUCCAAGCAGCAGCAUACAGAAACCUUUCAGGAGUAGGUGGCAUGCCUGGUUGGCGCUGGCUAUUCAUCAUCGACGGCAUAUUCACCAUCCCUGUUGCGAUAAUUGGUUAUUUUGUGUUCCCGGGUAUUCCUGAUUCGCCGAAACCGUUUUAUCUGAGCGAUGAUGAUAUCGCAUUGGCCAAGGAGAGGUCUCGCAGGUCUCGGAUUCAGAGGCCCGGAAAAUUGGAUUUGAAUGUUUUCAAGAGGACGGCGAAGAGGUGGCAUAUUUGGAUUUUUGUGUUUUGUUAUAUUUGCAUGAUUAUAUCCUCCUACCCAUUCUCUUACAUGAACCUCUGGCUCAAGUCCCAAGGCACAUACACCGUGACUCAAAUCAACGAUCUUCCCACAGUGACUUAUGCCAUUCAAAUCGUUGCAUCGUGGCUUGGAACGACUCUUGCGGCUGUGUAUCCCUCGUGGCUCAUAUACGGUAUUGCCAGUUUUUGCUGUUUGUUCUCGACUUUGUGCAUGAUCAUUUGGCAUAUUCCUUCUGGAUUGAAAUUCGUCGCUUGGUAUCUCUUUGGUUUAUCUGGCUGUCUAAGUCCGAUCCUAUACUCAACCGUGAACACCAUCGUCAAAAACGACUCUGAGGAACGUGCCCUAAUAUUGGGAACAAUGAUGACAGUCGGCUACUCAUUCAACAUCUGGGUUCCUCUCCUUUUAUUCCCUACUGCUGGUCCAUACGGUGCUCCAAGAUGGAAGAAGGGGUGGCCUGUGACGUUUGCAUUUCUGUCCCUACUGUUGAUAGGGUUUUUGACUUCGCUUGUUUUGCAUAGGAGAGAAAGUAGGAAGAUGCCGUCUGAAGUGUCCUCGGAUGCAGGUAGUAAUGGUGAAGAGGAUAGUGGAGAUAUAAUUGUCAGCGGACAGUACGACAAGCGAGUAGAUUCGUAA